AUGUCACCUACGCCCAUGGAGACUUUGAUUUACAACGUCGAUUUAGACCGUUCAAUGAGCAGCAAUGUGGAUGAUGAUGAGCUAUGGGAUGCCACUACUCCAUGGGAUACACAAAUUGAAGUCCCGGCUCAACUCAUUGAAGAUGUUGAUGACAACGUCAAAGCUCACUUUCCAGAGGGCACCGAGAUAAAGAGCAUACACCCCCAUGGCUCUAGUUAUUGGUCUCGGACAGCGGAAAUCCAGACUGUCGUCAGUGGUGAGCCCGUGUUUUACUUUCUCAAGGUCAGCCAGAACAAAUUCGCCAGAAAGAUGUUUCGAGGAGAGUAUGAGUCACAAAAAGCGAUCUACGAAGUCUGUCCUGACUUCUGCCCCCGGCCGAUCACUUGGGGUGUGUACCAGACAGUCUCAGACGCUUACUUCUUCCUCUCCGAAUUCAUCGACAUGGUCGAUGAGUUGCCGGAUCUUCAUCAGUACCCGCAGAAAGUGGCCCAGAUGCACAAGAAGGGACUGGCACCGGAUGGAAGGUACGGGUUCCAUGUCCAAGACAUGUGCGCGCUGCUACCGAUGUACGUCACCAAAAGCGACUCCUGGGAAGACUUCUUCUCGAAGUACAUGAGACAUUUCAUGUUGGCGGAGAAAAUCGGCCAAGGUCCUGCCUCUAAAGAACUGGAAAGACUCGAGAGGAUAUUCUUCGAUCGAAUUAUAACGAGGCUUUGUCGUCCUCUCGAGACCGGUGGGCGGGAAAUCAAGCCACGACUGGUUCACAGCGAUUUAUGGGACGGUAAUUCUGCGAUUGAUGCUCAGACGGAGAAUCCUAUCAUAUAUGAUUCUUCUUGCUUCUAUGGUCAUAACGAGUAUGAUCUGGGUGUCUGGAGGUGUCCUCGACACCGAGCCGGGACACCGUAUAUUGAGAAGUACCAUGAGUUCUUUGCAAAGUCUGCACCAGAAGAAGACCACGAAGGACGGAUGUUGAUGUACUUCUUGUAUGUGGUUCAGAACAAUGUUCUAGCGUCUGGCAGAGGCUUACUCAAUAGAUCGUUUGACACACGUGCCUCAGCCUGUUGGAUGGGCAGAGACGAUUUCAGAACUUCGAUGAUUGACAUCAUGACCGAAUUGGAUAGAAGGUUUCCAGAAACGUAUGAAGAGUGGGCGACAGCGAGAGGAGAGCCAGUUUGCCCACGCAAAGGAUCCAGCGUCCAUUGA